CUAGCAGGGCUGGCCCCCGCCCAGCAUAAGUUAGUUAAGGUGGGUACCUCAGACCUCAGGCAAGUGGGUACCGUAGGUAAGACAGGCAGGGAAUGACAAACGGGCAUAAUCCUCGCCGGCGCGACAGUACCGCGGUCCGCACGCGCCUUGCUUACGUCCCCACCUUACCAGGGCAGGCGGGCGGCCUGGCGGGCCGCGAGUUUGUGCCCGGCGUGCGAUUGAUGCUGCUGCUGAUGUUGGGGCUGGGGCGGGGGGCAUGGUCGGUUUGUUUGUUUGUGGGUCUGCGUACGGAUGGCAGUUGCUGGGUUGAUUUGUCUGUUGGUUUCGGUGUUGGGUCGUGGUGGUGUGGAUGUGUGUGUGUGUACGUGUGUGUAUGCAUUUGUGCUUUCGAUCUGCGUACGUUAUGUGCGCGCUGUGAUGCCUGCCUGCUUGGACCUGCUUGGCUGGCGGUUGAUACCGCGUACGUGCGUGGACGAAGAAGGGCGAGCAGAUGUGUGUGUGUGUGUGCAUGGCGCUAGGUAAGGUAGUUACUCAUGUCCAUACAGCGAGACGUUCGUAUGGUGAGUAACGACACCAGCCGUGUGCCCGAAGCAAAGGAACACAACGACCUACCUAGGGU